UUGCACUAUUACCAUCUGCCUCUUGCCAGUCCUGUGGUCCUCUCCUCUCCAACACAUGCUCUUGACCAGCUCUCCCCACCCCCCAAUCCUCACUGCCUUGCCAAUAGCACCAUCCUUGCUAUCCAUUCUGCCACCUCUCCAAGCCAUCAUCCUUAGGCCCUGGUCCUGCAGCCUGCCCCUGCUCUCCCUAGGCCCCCUGCCCUAGGUUCGCUCUUCUCUGGACCCUGGCUAUGCCAACGCCUGUGCCAUGUCUGGGUCCCUGUUCCCUGAGGUCGCAGCAGCGUUCUUAGCUGGGUUCCUUCCUGAAGCUGGCUUGGUCACCUUGGCCUCCCCAUCUGCCCCAAGCUCUGCUGUGCGUGAUGCCCCCCCCAUCCCCAUAGCGUGCUGGCUAACCCCACAGGUAUCGUGUUUAUCACUCGAUGCCUCUGCCAGUGCACCAAUUUUCUGGAUUGCAAAAAGGCCUCGAGGUGUGUAGGGGGCAGCCUCAGAACGAGACUAAUUUGCCACCUGCAAUGCUGGGUUGAUGCUGGCACCAUCGGGCCAAUGCCUUCCCAGUGUGCCUGAUCCCUCUUCAGGGUGAUGCCAGAGUGUCCUUGUCCCUAUUCUCUGUGACCUUUCUGGCUGGGCGGGGCUGGAGCAGGCCCUGUGGGCCAGCAGCCUGUGCCCACAGUGUAUUUCUUCGCAGGGAGCCCCCUCCAUCCGCCCCAGCUGCUUGUGGUUAGGAAAGGAAACUGUCAACCUUAUUGGCUAGUCUCAGGUCUGCAAGUGGAAGGCAGAGGCUGUUAGCACCAACCUGUGACAGCGCAAGACACUUCUCUGUGUCUCGCAGCUGCCGUCCCCGGAAGGAAAGAGUGGCUGGGCGAAUGAAAUUAGUGUGCCGAUUGCCGUGCGAGAGAGGGCAGCGCUGGGACGAGCCAGGAUCUUCCUCCAGGUGGUGCUGCGCUGCCCAGCCUGCGGCUGGUGGCCUCACCAUGUCAGUGACGGUGAAUCUGACUGGCCCGGCCCCCUGGGGUUUCCGUAUCACAGGAGGAAGGGACUUCAGGAAGCCCAUCAUUGUGUCCAAGGUAACAGAGCACGGGAAGGCAGCUGCAGGGGACCUCCGACCUGGUGACAUCAUCGUCUCCAUCAAUGGCGACAACACGGCUGACAUGCUCAAUGUGGAGGCGCAGAACAAGAUCAAGCAGAGCUCCGGCCGGCUCCAGCUUCAAGUGGACAGGUCCCAGUUGUUCUCUCCCGGCCAGACCAACGGUGAGAGUUCCCCAGAGAUGUUGGCCAUGCGGUUUCAGGAUGUGGUACGAACCAGGGAUGACAGCCAGGGCUCGGUGAGGUCCUCCUACUCCAGCCCGGUGUCCCUCAGCCCCCGGCCCGGCAGCCCCUUCUCAUCCUCGUCACCCGGGUACCGACCCGGCAGCCCCUAUAGCCCCCAGAGGCCCAGCCUGCCCUCUGAGGGCAGAGUGGAGACGGUGGUGAGCAGCCGCAGCUUCCAGUCUCUGGCCAGUUCUCCCAGUGUCUUUGAGGAUCGCUCCCCCUCACCCCAUGGGCACCAGCAUCCAAGCAGCAGACAGGAGCGAGGCAGCUUCUGCCACCCAAGCAGCUCUCCGGUUGCAGCUCUGCCUCUGAUCAACCGCACACCAUCCCCUCUCAGCCCCUGGGAGAUGGGGAGGGCCCCGGGCAGAGCCUCGCCCUCAUACAGCCCUCGCAACAGCCUGGACUCAGAGCUGACCAUGCGGCGCUUGGAGGAGGACUCCGAGGUCUACAAAAUGAUGCAGGAGAACCGCGAGAUCCGGGCUGCUCCGCGGCAAUCCAACACCUUCCGCCUGCUCCAGGUGGCUCUGGAGACUGAUGGGGGAGCGGGCACCACAACCCCCUUUCCCAGCAAGCUGUCCCCCAGCACCCACAAGCCAGUCACUAGCUCCGUGGCUGGGGUUCAGAAGCUGCACACAUGUGAGAAGUGCGGCACCGGGAUCACGACCCAGGCGGUGAGGAUCCAGGAGAGCCGCUACCGCCACCCCUCCUGCUACAUCUGUGCCGACUGUGGCCUCAAUCUCAAGAUGCGGGGCCACUUCUGGGUGGGCGAGGAGCUAUACUGCGAGAAGCACGCCCGCCAGCGCUACCAGAGCCCCAGGGAGGGCGCCAUUGCUGCCACGGCCAUCUCCUCCAAGUCCUGAGCUGCCCCCGAGAGCAUGGGGCCUGGAGCUCCCUAGUUCUGCCUGCCCCCCAUCCCCGGGGCUUCCACCAAGCACAAACACCACUUCCCAUGCUGGGAGUCUCACUGCUGUGUCCUGCUCUCGGCCUCCCUCGAUUGGCUGCCAGGCCCUUUCUCCCGCUGCUCCCCAGCCCAUCAGCUUCGCUGCUCUUGUUGCCUCCAGCCAGUCGAGAGAGACCAAUGAGGGAGCCUGCCAGGUAUAGGGUAGCGGGUGGGAAUGGGAUAAAGAGUGGCCUUUUGGCCUCUAGGUCACCAGUUCGAAUCCAGAUUCCUCUGCUCAGCCAGUCCCAGCUGGUGGUUGUCCAGCUGCAGGAAUGAGCUUGUUUAGUUCUCAGGCCAGACUCCUUUUGCAAAACAGACUAAGGGGUGCCCUUAGACCAAGAGAUGC